AUGAAUGGGGCGCGAGGCCGCCCGCCCGAUGGAAAUACUUUACCUACGGGAGAUGCAGUAAGUGUAGUAUUCUGCAGGUAUGGUUGGGCGGAAUGGGAUGUCUCCUCCUCCUCCACAAACAUCAUCGGAUUUUAUCCCGCCCGCGUCUGGGGUUGGAUGGAUGGAUGGAUGAAUGGAUAUGCGUUAUUUGGUUCAGGGCUUUCUCUUUCGUUCGGACUUGGGUGGGAGCUGAGUGCGGGCGGUAUCGAUCGAGACCCGGUCGGGAUGACGGUGAAUCCCAUUCCCAUCAUCCUACUGCUACUACUCAGCACGGAGUAA